AGCCAAUCAAUAAAGAGAACACAACCCGACGUAGACGCUACGUACAAAAUGGCAGGCGCUGAAGGAGGUUUCGUGCUUUUUCAGCGUGGUGAUAGUGAAGACAGUGAUGCUUGGGAUGAUACAGCUUUAAUCAAGGCAUAUGAUGAAGCAGUUUCAGCUGUGAAGGCAAAAUUAAAUGGAGGAGAAAUAGAGGACACAGCAGCAACAUCAGCUACUGGUCAAGUGAAACGUGGUAGAGGAAAAAAGAAGAAGAGUAAAAGUAAAAAUAAACCAAGAAAAAAGCAAAAGUGGCAAGUUGGUGAUCUAUGUAGGGCAGUAUAUUCAGAAGACGAUUUUGUUUAUGAUGCUAAAAUAAUCUCUAUAGAUACCAGUAAUAAUACAUGUGUAGUACAAUAUAUAGACUAUGGUAACGAAGAAGAACAAAAUCUAGCUGAUCUUCAACGACCCAGCUCAAACUCAUUCAGUGAUAAACUCACGUCUGCUAGUGAGACUGAAAGUGUUGGUUAUGAAAGACAUUCUAAACAUAAUUAUUCUGAUGGACCAGAUUUAGGAGCAGCUAAUCAAAACUCCUGGAACUAUCCUGGUUUUCAUCCUCCACCUCCACCAUUUCCAGGAAUGAUGCCACCACCAUUUCCACCUGGUUCUCAUAUGCCCAGUUAUAGAGCAUCUCAUUCACCAAGAAUACCUUCAUUGCCACCACCUCCACCAUUUUUAGAUGAAGAUGUAGAUGACGAUAAUGAAGCUUUAUAUAGUAUGUUAAUAUCUUGGUAUAUGAAUGGUUAUCACACAGGAUACUAUCAGGGUUUAAAACAAGGUCGAAGUCAAAGUUUGGGUAGAGUGAGUUCUAGAAGUGGUGUUAGAUAGUAUAAACCUAGUACAGGUAUUGAAUUCUUUGGAACGUGACAGGAAUUGCAUUGAACUACAUACUAAGAUCUACAUAGGAAAUCACAAUGGAGAAAAAGACACAGUGCCAUGAAGGAGAUUCUAAAUCUUGAUGUGGUUCUUGGAAAGUAAAGAACAUUUGUGGAAUGUUUUUAAAAAUUGAAAGAAUCUUAAACAUUGUUUUUAUUGUGUGUGUAGAAUAAAUUUGAACAGAAAUUUUGUUCAAGUGUUACACAGGGCUAGAAAUUUGUCAUUUUUUGCAAGAAUCUAAGAGGAUUCUCAUGUAUGGAAUCUGCGCUAAUCCUCCGAAUCUUAAUUAAUAAUACUGUCUAAAAAAACAAAAUUGUGUUUAUUGUGUUAUUCUAAACACCAAAGUACAACAACAAUGAUAAAAAUAAAACAAUCAGAUGGAGUUUUUGGUAAACACUUAAAUUGUGUCAAAAGUAAUAUCCAGAAAAUGCCAUAGUCAAAAUAAGCUAAUACAGCACCAUGGCAUUUCUUCAUAGGACAAUUUGUAGUCUUUUGUCCAUCACGUAAUUAGUCACGUUACUUGCAAAACUUUUUAUUCAUUCGUCGAUGAUAGACAAACGGCACAAUGAUCAUGUGACAACCAUAACUAAAGUUGCUAUAAAAUAAAAUUAUGUAUGACUAUGA